ACGAGGCGAGUGUAAUAAAAGCCCAAAUUGUAAAGAAACAAGAAAGCGUUCCCUGCGGAAAUCAAACAAACUCGCUGUUUGGUUCUUUGUGCGUGUGUGUGUGAGAGAGAGAGAGAGAAGACAGAAGAGUAAAGUAGAUAUAUAUAUAUUCUCUGUUUCUUUUUCAGCACAAACACAGAUCCAGAUCCGAACCCAGUUCAAGAUCCCCAAGCUCUCUCUGCUCUUCCGUUUCAGGCAGGCAGGCAAUGUCAAGGAGACCCUCUGGUUUAUCUAGACGAUUGGGCGAUGGAGCCCCGGUUCCGUUUACGGGAUCGUUACACCCAAAAUCACGCCCAUCCCCUUUCUUAUCCAUCGGCCUAGUGCUAUUGGGGGCUUUUCUCAUAAUUGGAUAUCUUUAUAAUAGUGCUUCAGGUCGAGACAGUUUUCAUACACUCAGGUUUCAAGUUGGUUCGUCAUGCACAUCUGAAAUUUUUCAAGCAUUACCAUAUCUAAAGAACGCAUAUGGAGAUAGCAUGCGUAAAAUCUUGCACGUGGGUCCCGACACCUGUACAGUGGUCUCCAGAUUAUUAAGAGAAGAUGAUACCGAAGCAUGGGGUGUGGAGCCAUAUGAUUUAGAUGAUGCUGAUGCUAAAUGCAACAGCCUUGUAAGAAAAGGCAUUGUUCGUGUAUCUGACAUAAAGUUUCCUCUGCCUUAUAGGUCAAAAUCUUUUUCACUUGUCAUAGUCUCAGAUGCACUCGAUUAUUUGUCCCCAAAGUAUCUCAACAAGACACUUCCCGAGUUAGCAAGAGUAUCUUCUCAUGGAUUUAUUAUUUUCUCCGGUUAUCCUGGACAGCGGACAUUUAAAGUUGAUGAGUUGUCGAAGUUUGGUCGCCCUGCGAAACUACGAAGUGCAACUUGGUGGAUUCGGUUUUUUGUUCAAAGCAAGAUAGAAGAGAAUGAAGAUGCAAUCAAGAAGUUUGAAUUAGCUGCAGCCAAAAAACACUACCAGUCAGGCUGCCAGAUUUUCCACCUUAAAUCGUUCAUUUGAAACACCCGGCCUGAAGUUCUUUAAUUCUUUCAGAGUUCAAUUAUAAAGCUCACAGAGGUUACAUUACAACAUGUAUGUUCUAAAAAAGAAUACAUUUCAUAUUCAAGAUGCGAUGUAGAUUAUUAAUUAUAACCUUAUAUGAUGCUUGCAUAUGACUAUGAGUUAUGGGUAGUUCAUCUUCAUUCAAUA